AUGGCCGCGCACCACGGCAUGUUGAGUGAUGAAGACUCCGUCCCCAAGGAGAGGCCUGAACCGGACCUCUCGGCCUUUUGCUCCUUAACGGCUUUUUCAACCAUUACUGUUUCAUUUUAUUGUUUUGUUUCCGCCAUUUGCCUGGUGGGCUCUGCCACAUUUGUUAACGUCUACCACAAACUUUUCAGUGAUGAUGCCGUUCAUGCCGCCGUGGCAUGUGGCGUGAAUGCCACCAGUUGGACAGUAAACCGUGCUCGAAAUGUGCUUAUUGGCGCAUCCAUUACUUUUAUCCUUAUGUACAGUAUUUUUGCACUGGCCGCGGUGUGGUACAUUCGGCGCACCUUGAUGGAUCUUGAAAGGUCAAUGGGCCAGCUGUACUGCACCUUUGAUCACCUUAGCAAACUACGCUUGGAGAGUGUACCGCUCUAUGUCAACAAAUACAGUGAUGUGGACGUUAUUACGGAGAAGCAUACUUUUCUUCUUGAGCGCUAUUCCAAUGUGCUUGAGCUUCAGCAGACGGAGGAUUCCAUCAACAACGUUUCAUUGAUUCUCCGGCAGUUUCGGAAAUUGCUUCCCGAUGCCGUGUUUCACAAGAAGAUUGCGGGGGAAGUGCGAGAAUCGAUGGCCGGUGAAAUGGCCAUUUUAAGAACCGUGGGAAACCGGCCAUCUAACCGCUUGGGAACGAUGAUGUUAGCGAGGAUUUCCUCGCUGCUGAGAAGACAGAAUAUUGUUUCGCCUGUCGCCCCAGACGGGAAACAGGGUUUGUCUCGCCCCACUGAAAUUCCAAGGACGUAUUCAUCAGCGUUGCAGGAGGACAUAAAUAACCAUGGGAAAGGCAAGUGUUCCUGUGGAACCCUCAAUAUUGCCGAACUCCAAAGUGGCAUUGAUUUUUGCUUGAAAACAAGAAUGGUCACAGUUGUGGUUGCUUCCUUGUCUGGACUCGCAGUGUGUAUGGAUGAGGACCUGCAGUAUUUUCAAUACUUUUCACAAGAAUUUCUUUCUGUGGUGACGGACCUCAUUGACAGAAAUAAUGGGACAGUUCUGAAUGCAGCACCUGACAGGGUCACUGCAGUGUGGAAUGCAUUUAGUGCGACGCCGGAUCACGAAAGGGCUGGAAUGCAGUGCGUAUGUGAGGCCAUUUUAGCUCUGGAGUCCCUUCUUGCUAAGGUAUUUAUCCCUAUGGGCCUAGAAAUAACACCAGUCGUGGUGGCAACCUCAGGCUAUGUUUUGGCUGGAACUGUUGGCUCAGAAGACGAACGCGCCAUGGUGGUGCAUGGAAGAUGGUUUCCCU